AUGAGGUUCAACAUAUUUGGAAUCAUAAUUUUACUGUUUCCGUUUGUGAAUGCCGAAAAAGAGAAGGAGACAAGCAGCAUUACAAAAAAAAUGGAGGUCCUCGCUGAUCGUUUGAAGAGACAGAAUGGGUAUGGCGGAUGGAAUAACGGCGGGGAAGGAAAUUUUCCAAUGGGACCAAACUCCUGGAAUGGACCAAACUCUAACGGUUAUGGUGGCCCACAACCGCCACCUCCAGAUGAUAGUAUCAAAGGAAGUGUUGGGACGAAAGAAGAUAAACCUGCCGAGCAAACUUCAAAUCAAAACGGUGGUGAUCCGAACAAUGGAGAGGGUCAAGGGCCAUGGUGGCCUAAUGGUUUCGCAUUAUAUUCUAAGCAUUUUUCAGUAUCGCUUUUUUCAGGGAACGGUCCCAAUGGUUACAACAGUAUGAAUGGACCACAACCUGGAGGAAAUUUCCCGAACGGUCAAGGGUAUAACAACGGACUAAACCCUUACAACAACGGGAACAGAAACGUUGACGAUGGAAUCAAAGGUAGUGUAGGAGGUGCAGCGGAAACAACUAAAUCACCCAGCCAGCCAAAUGGGUAUGGAUAUGGCAAUCGAGGAUAUGGCAACAAUUUCGGUUUCAACCGAAUGGCAGGCGGCGGAGGUUAUGGAAACAACUUUGGCAGACCGAUAUUGCCUCGUGGUGAAAGGAUUUUCCGAGGAAGACCGAUGAUGAGAUACUAA